AUGACGCCUGGAGCCGACUUGGGUCGGUAUCCGACUAGGAAGCGCGCCCGGCAGGCGUGUCUUCAUUGCAAUCGGCGCCGCAUCCGCUGUAAUGUCCUUGAGACGCGGCCUUGUCACAACUGCGUCUCUAUGAAUGUUCCCUGUGAAGUGGGGGUCUCCAAGCGAGGAAAGUAUCCUCGCAAGAAGGCUUUACGGCAGUCGGGGACUCCUCACGAGGAAGAUUCCAUAAUCUCCGACUCGACUGUUUCCGCAGACCAUAGUAUUUUCCGGCCAGGUGACAGUUCACUUGUGCAUAUUGAUGCAUCAGAUUCUCCCGAUCAGCGUCAUCGUCUGGGGCAACGCGGCAGCAGUGCGACAUAUAGUCGGAACAGCCUUGGAACUUCCUGGAUAUCCCCUGGAGAUACGACAACCGUUUCUCAGCAGACUGUGUUCCUAGGAGAAUCAAGUCCCCUGACAUGUGUUAUUGACGAGGGUCGGCGGUCGCCUGAGAAGGGUCCGGCGAACGCUAUGCAAAAUACUCGUCUUCACUACCCCAUCCCAGAAAAGCUGGACGCUAGUAGUACGCGCGACGAAGCUCUUCGCGCACACAGGCGAAAGGUGCAAGCACAGCUCCAUGCUGACGGUGCAUUCUCCUAUCCCCCAAAAGACACUUGUGCCAUACUACUGAGCGCCUACUUCACAUGGUUUCACCCAUGCUUUCCCAUUCUGGACCGCUUGGCGGCCCAACAGUCAUACGUCCGAGGCGAUAUCUCUCACCUUCUGCUGCAGUCGAUGCUCUUCAUUGGAGUUAGUCUUUGCACCGACGAAGACUUUGCACGCACGGAGUUCUCUGUUCGAUAUCGAGCUAAGUUCCUCUUUUAUAGUCGGGCUAAGGCCAUCUAUGAUGCCGAUUGGGAGUCGAACAAAACGACCAAGCUGCAGUCAUUGUUCUUGCUGAGCUCUUGGCGCGGAGGCCCGUCUGAAGAACGUGAUACACGGUUCUGGCUGGGAGUCGCCAUCAGCCUGGCUCAAAAGCGUGGCAUGCAUAUGAUGUUGGUAUCGGAACACUCCAGAAUUGUGGCGCUGCUGAUUCUCCUAGGUCCAAACUACCCUUCUCGUCUGGGCGGGAAGAAAAACUAUGGAAACGCAUAUGGUGGGCCCUUUAUGUGGAUACGCGAUCAGCAGAGUGCAGCGGCCUUGGGUCUUCCACCUCGGAUACGAGACGAGGAUUGCGAUGUUGCAAUGCUUGAGCCCAGCGAUAUCCGUGAAGAUGAAGCAGUGGAUGAUGCAGAUGUGUUUGGAGCACAAAGAGAUGAAGAUAUAGUCUACCCGGCGCAAAUGGCCAAAUUAGCCAGGAUAUUGCGAACUAUUGUCUCGACACAAUACCUUCCCGUGCAGUCUGAUACCGAUGAAUCAUCACGCACAAAGUUACAGAAAACACUAUGCGAAUGGGAAUCAUGCUUGCCUACAGCCCUAAAACUAGAAAGCGCAGCGUCCCCGAGAGCUAUGUUUUUGACUGGGUUGUUGCACAUGACGUACAAUAACUUGUACAUUCUCUUGCACCGAUCAUCCUUCCUCAAUUCUUCCAAUCCCCCCGUGGAUGAAGCAGGCCAGGUUGCGCUGGAUGCCGCCACGAGGAGUACCAGAAUUAUUGAGGACAUGCUGUCUCACAACCUUGUCCAACACGGGCCUACCCAUCUAAUCACCCAUACAUUCUCAACGCUGUGUAUCCAUACUAUCCACUGUCGACGAACUUCCGGAACGGCUAAGAAGUUGGCAGAACACCGCGCAAAGCUCUGUCUCCUUGGACUCCAGGAGCUACAGAAAACAUGGGAUAUAGAAAAUUGGGUACUGAAUCUCUUCUUCCGAUGCUUGGAUGAUAGCACUGCGCGUACCCUCCGGUUGACAGACAUUGUCGCACCACCAGGCCAGCCAGUAAACCAGAUUGAGACUACCGAGAAAAACGCCCAUGCCGAUCAAGCUCAGGAUCUACCCACCCCGACUGAGGCCAUGGAUUCUAUUCACAAUGACCCCACACUAGCGCCUGCCCUACAACCUUCUCCGAGCAUGGAGAAUGGGGAUAUUACAGCGUCCAGUGAAUGGUACGGAUUGUUUAACUUUACAGAUGAUUUUACGGAUGUCUUGGGGGCAUCGUCAUAUCAUGAUUCGCUCAACCUGCAAAAUCUGGAAUUCUUAUACCGAUUCUUGUAA